AGACUCUAUUUUAACUGAUGGGCGGAGUCUUGUGAUGGACACACCUUUCUUCAAAUACACAGCCACACUUCACUUCAAACGCUGCGUCCACUCUGCUGUUCGGUUCACGGAUUAUAAAAUGGAUUUCUUGACUUGUGGAGAGACGGACCCAUUGUAUGCCAAAUACAACACUUUUCCUGGAUGGCAUUCAUCACACAUGUGUCAGCACAAACCUUCUACAGCCACUUGCCUUCAGAACCUGUCGGAGUACAAUGGCUCAACUGGUAAACCAAAAACUUGGAUGGCAUCAGGAACCAGAACUAGUCGGGAUAUUUAUGACUUUAACAAGCAGACUGAGAUAUCAUCACCCACAAGUUUUCCUUCACAAAGCAAGUUAUCUCACAGAGAAUUAACUGACUACAUUGGUGAGGUGAGAAAUCUUUCUGUACCAACAGAAAGACAGAGAUCAGAUAAGGGGAGGUAUCCAGAAAGAGACAGAUAUUCACAACACAAAGGGUGGGAAAGCACAUGGCCAAUAAACUACAGAGGAAUGAGAGAAAACUUUGGAACCAACAUUCACAAUGAGCUACAAGCUUAUGUCGAUUGCUAUCAUCAAACACUUUCCAAACAAACACCCCGAUUUGAGGCUGGGGAGUGGAGAUCAGCUAGGUGUGCUUCAGACAUGGAGAACGUGUUGGGAUAUAGCCAGUGGGUUAGUGCAGAGACCGAUGAAAAAUUCCAGCCAACUGCUUUAACAUCACAGAAAAAAGACAAAACUGACCUCAGCAACAGAGAGGGGGAACACUGGCUGAAAUGGAGCCCUUGGAAUUUGAGAAAUACAGAAUGUGUUUUCCCAGUAGGAUCAUUUAGACAGCCUCCGUCCUACAUGGCACCACCAGCAUACAGCUCCCCGAAGGAUGGUGACAAGCUAGCAGGAAUACCAAAAGUUACUGCAGAAGUGAGUGUGGAGCACUUUGAGAGCAGAAAAAAUAACUUUACAGAUUCGACAGAAAUACAUCAUGAUCCUUCAUCAAACUAUGGAUAUUAUUUACAAAAAAAUAACCAGAACACAGAAAGUUAUCACAGUGAUAUCACAAGUCUGGAAGCCUUAGAUACUUCCUCUGUCAUGCAGUACACAACAAUGAACACAAAACUACCUUCUGCACAAGCGCAGCUUCAGUACAGAGAGCCUUCACACAUGACCUAUCCUGAUAUUACUCGGCAGAAGCAGACCAAACUUGCAAGAAGAAAAGGUGGCGAGACUGUGUUUUGUCUAGUGUCUCGUAUGGGAGAGGUGUCAGGCUUGUCCAGUUCUCCAGAGGAGCCACUUAAAUCCCAAGUGUUACCUCUGUUAACUGAUUGCAAACCUGAAGACAAGACAAUUACCACUGAGCAGACAAAUUCACCUCAGCGCAACGAUGACAGCAGACAAAAUCAGGAUGUAUACUUGAAGAAGGACAAAGCUGUGAGGCAGCUUGAGGGAUCCUUAAUGCUUGGAGAGUAUGGGCAUACACCCAUAGAUCAAAGAUCCAGUUCUGUCCAGGAUAUGGAUAAUGUAAUAAAACCAGAUGAACAUAAAGAAGAGCUGCAAAGUCAUGUCCAAAGGAUAGAGUCAGAUUGGUUAGACCAGGAGUCACCUAUGCAGACAGAUGGCCAUGAGAAACCAAUCACAGAGAAAUUCCCAUUGUGGAAAGAACCAAAAUAUCAGCAUCAUUCAACAGGUAUGACGGAGCAAAGAAACGAGCAAAGCCAAGGGAUCAACAAUGAGUCCAAAGUUACUAACACAGAGGAGAGGAACAACUCAACAAAUGACCAACAACACAGUCUUGUGCUCAUUGAUGCCACCUGUGUUGUUGUCAAGGUUGAGCUUGUAGUUCUUCCAGAGAAGGAACAUGUCCAGUAUGUGUGUUUGACAGAGGAGGGUCUCUUGCCAAGUACUAGGGAAAGGACUGAUGUACAGAAGCAGCACAGCAAUGAAAUCUCAAGCCAGGAGACUCCUGAAAACAAUACUUUGGACGAGAGAGUAGAAAGGAUUUUUGGAAUACCACACGAGUAUCCCAGGACAAGCAUACAAACACAUGAGAGCAUUUCAGAAGAACAUAACAGUUCCUGUGAGCAUUACACAGUGAAUCCAAUAAAACAGUUUGAGGAAUCGACAUCAGAAGCUGCAACUAUUGAUGACAGGCAAUUGCAGGAAAAUAAAUUGAUGGUGGGACAUAACUUGAGUGGGACAACACUGGAGAAUAAUGAAGGUGUGGAGGAAAUGCUCAACAUAAUGAAAGUGGAAGAUGAAACGACAGCACAAGAACCUGAAGCUGUGCAUGAAGACUUCAAGCUUGAAUCAAAUUUCACAUCAGAAGAUUCUGGGGUCCAAAAUGAAAAGACCACCAUACAUAUGAAUCAAUCCACAGAACAAGGAAAUGGACCAAUAUUGGAUGACAGUGUGGUUAAUCACAGUACACAGAAAGAUAAUGAGAACCAUCAAAAAGACACUUCUAAGGACCUUACCAAGGAUACUUCAACAGAAGACAACAUCUCAGAUGAAACAGAUGACAAGCGAGCACUUGUUUUGGAUUGCUCUACACCUUGCCUUAAGAAAAGUGCAGAAAAUUACAUCAGAGAAUUUGAAGAUGGCAUACACAAAGUGUUUUUACCUUCCCCUUUGGGUUUCAGUACUCUCAGAAGAUCAAGCUCUUCACCUCAUUUGUCAUUUACCUCUGCUUCCAACACCUUGGAUGGAUCAAACGUAUCAGCUGCUGCUGUGGUUUCUCACACAGAGAAUGAACCACUGUUGUUUCCAUCUUUUACUAAUACAGAAAGCACCCAGCACUCUUGUUCUCCCAGUGUUCAGUCAAGCUGUACAUCCACACUUCCCUCUCCUUCUUCAACUCCAGUUCCAGAUGUUCCUUCUGAUGUUUUACUCUGUACUUCGUCGCCCCCUGAACAGAAACAAAAAAUACAACAUGCCAAGUCUCUGUGGGACGUAGUUAAUCGUAUACGCAAACACACCGCUCCUGAUUCCGAGACAGAGGAAGAGGACAUGGUUGAGUUUGGGGAACAAACUGAAAGUGUAGACACUGACUUGAUUCAUGAGAGAUUGAAUAAAGAAGAGGAAGGAGAAUUGGAGGAUAACACUUUAGAGAACUCAAUGAAAACAAAUGAUGUUUCAACUCCUGUGGCAGAAAAACACUGUAUGUAAACUACUGUUGCAUUGCAAACAUACAGUGUAGUGAAAUAACAACCCCAGUGACACCACACACACAGUAUUUCACUGCUUGUGUUUGUUCCAGGCACGGCCAGUCUGUGUAUUAGUGGUAGGAACUUUACAAUAAUGCUUUCUGCAAUUUACAUUAUUAUGGAAGUAGGUAGCAACAACUGAAUUUUUCACUCAACCAAUUGGUUAAAAAACAAUGAUUCAUCCAGGAAUGGAACAUCCCGUGCUGUGUGUGAAUCAAGCGGUGGUUAAUUCUGAUGCCUCUUCGUUUGAAACUAUUUUACUGACAUGCAAGAAGAAUGUAGUUCAUUCCACAUGAACUGCUUAAUUUCCGUUGCAUAAAUAAUUUUUAAAGAAAGGACAACGUGAAAUUUGUUAUGCCUGUUGCCUGAAGCUGGAUUUGUCAAAUAAUGAACAUUACUGCGACUUGUUAUCUCACAAUUCUGACUUUUUUUCUCAGAAUUGUGAGAUAUUAACUCUGAGAAAUAAAGUCAGAAAUGCGUGAUAUAUACUUGCAAUUCUGAGAAAUAAAGGCGCAAUUGCGUAAUAUAAACUCGCAAUUGCAAGUUAUAAAGUCAGAAUUCCGAGAUAUAAACUCACAAUUCUCAGAAAUGAAGUCUGAAUUGUGAGAUAUAAACUCGUGAUUCUGUUAACAUAUCAGUCUUUUCUCUUUUUUUCAACAUAUCAGAGUUUUUUCCCCCUCAGAACUGGACUUUAUAACUCGAAACUGCAAGUUUAUAUCUCACAAUUCUGAGAAAAAAAGUCAUAACUGUUAGAUACAAACUUGCAGUUGUGAGAAAAAAAGUCAGAAUUGCGAGAUACAAAGUCGCAAUUGCGAGUUAUAAGGUCAGAAUUGCAAGUUUAUAUCUCAAAAUUCUGACUUUAUUUCUCACAAUUGCGAGUUUAUAUCCCGCAAAUUUGACUUUAUAUCUAGGAAUUUUGACUUUAUAACUCACAAUUGUGCGUUUCUCACAGCUAUGAGAAAAAAAAAGUCAGUAUUGCAAGAUGUAAACUCGAAAUUGCAAGAAAAAAAAGUCAGAAUUAUGAGAUAAAAAGUCACAAUAGCCUUUUUUAAUUUUUUAUUCAGUGGCAGAAACAGGCUUCCAUACUUAUGACCUGUACCAUAUGCAACAUAGAAAAAAAUUAUCAUAAACCAUGGGAAAUAAAUCACAUGCUAUUGAUCUGAAGCGCUCACAAAUAUAGAGAUUUGCUUUUUAAUAAUAGUCCCUUGGGAUAACCUGAUUCCAGACAAGGUCAUAAAUUAAGAAAGAGUGACUAACAAGUGAUUAACAAAACUUAUUAAUAAAAAAAAUAAUAAUUCGCAUCUGCAAAGACAUUUUGGAGAUUUUGUCUGUAUUAUUUGAUGGUUUGUAGAUGUUUUGUCCUGAAAUGGUUUACAGUAACUGUAAUUACCCUGAUUCUGACUGGUGGUAAAAGAUUUUUUUUUUUUUUUUUUUUUUUUUCCUCAGCACAGAGCACAGUUCUGAACAGUUGUACACACAUUAAAACAUAAAUUUUACGGACUAAACCCCCCAAAAAAUGUGCUUAAUUGCAGAAAAAGAAGUGUUUAGUAGUGACCUUCCUUAAAGUUACACACAGAUUUUCUAACUUCUUAAUACAUUUACCUCAAAAUAAUGGGACCCAUCUAUUCACCAUGUAUGAGCGACAGGGACACAUGAAUAUUUCUUGAUCAUAAUGUAGGAGUUUAGUUAAAAUCUUAGUAGUUAAUGUGGUAACACUUUAUUUUACGGUUUCUUAACAAGUUGCUUAUUAGCUUGCAUAUUACUACAAUAUAAGCCAUUUAUUAGUACUAAUUAAGCACAUAUUAAUGCCUUAUUCUACAUGACCUUAUUCUACAUCCAUAAUCUUACCCAAUACCUAAACUUAACAACUACCUUACUGACUAUUAAUAAGCAGCAAAUUAGGAAUUUAUUGAGGGAAAAGUUGUAAUUAAUAGUGAAUAAGUGUUCCCUCUUCUAAAGUGUUACCGUUAAAGUCUUAACCAGUGGACUAAAACAUACACUGUUUCAGUAGUGACAAAAAAGCGGGACACAUUUUUUUACAUAAAGUUUCAUGAUUUACAUAGAAAAAAAAAUUACAUAUAUAUAUACAUUAAUAUAUAUACAGCCAUGUGAAAAAG